GGAUGAUCAUAUAAAGAGAGACUGCCCGGAUCUCAAGCGGACAAUGGAUGAGGGACUUGUCGUGCUUGAUGACCGCAAGUACGUCAAGUGGGAAGAUGAUCUGGGAGACGUAUCGAUGUUCCUUUCGAUGAAGGAGAAUGUAGAGGCAAGGAGAGUAAAGCCGAGUAGAGGGAAGGAGUCGGUUAUGAGCCAGAGCAUCAAAAUAACUUUCGAAGGAGAUAUGGCGACUACACCCAUAAGGGUGGCAGCUACCAAAUCGGCAAGGAGGUCUACAUCGAAGAAGACUGACACAGAUUACGUGAUGACGGAGAAGGACGGACAACAGAUCGAUGGAGAGGAGAUUAUUCUCUCACCUCGAAAGCGGGGAGUGAAGAAGUUCUUGAUGAAGAGUUCGUUGGAUAAGAUUGACACGAUCGAGCCACUGAGACGGGCCCUUCGGCAGCCCAUGCAGUGCUCUAUUCUGGAAUAUCUGGCGGCAUCCAAGCCGGCUCGCGACAAGUUACAGAUGAUCACGCGAAAGACCCACAUACCUCUAUCAGAGGAGGCUCGGGUGACCCCAAAGGCGGAUGCACCUACCGUAGCAGUAUCGGAGGUGACAACUAGAGCAUAUCGCAUGGCGAUAGUUCUUCUUGAUGGGAUGGAAGGUGUGCCUCCAAACAAGUUUUACAUACUUGGAAGUGGGACCGUAGAGGCGGUCCUAAACGAUAGAGCGGUACUAGAUGUUGUGAUCGAUACGGCAGCGAGGCUGUCAUUAUUCGAGAUAGAGACGGUUGAUGGGAGAAAGCAACAGAUCACAGGGGUUUGUCACAAGGCAGCCAUAGAGGUCCAAGGGGUACGUGUAACCCUGCCAGUCUUUGCAGUCAAGAAUUGCAGCUCUAACCUACUUUUGGGACGAACGUGGUUGAGCCAUGUGCAUGCGGUAACGAUAGAGCGAACGGACGGGAGUCAGACAUUGUCCAUCAAGAAGCUAGAUGGGGCGCGAAUUAUGAUUGAGACUGUGGAGCCUCGAGAUCCGAGGAACAGAGCAGCUCUCGCUGUGGGUGCAAGACCCAGCGAUCGGAUUAAGUCAUUACAUAUCUCGCGCGGUGCGAUUUCGCGAGAAGAAGUAUGGGUCACUGCUCAUGGAAGAAGAAGGCCGGAUUGUAGAAGUGGAAAAUUUAGGGAGUUAGCUGAUAGUGGACGGCAACUCGUAUCCAAAGGAGGCAGAUGAGGAAUUUGGCAGCGUGGUAUCUGUGUCGUUUUUAAGGGCACAGCCCCCUAUGGGGGGCUACCCAAGCGGCACAAGCGAGUAGCUCAAAAAGUUAAGCCAGCGGCGGUGGGCUAUGAGCGAUCUGCAUUGGAGGGAAUAUCGGAAGAAGAGAUCACAAAGGAAAUCAAAGAAAGAAAGAAAAAGGAGCCGCAACGCCUAACGGAAGAGAGAAUAGCAGGGAUGGACAUCGGAGAUGGAAAUCUGACCCCACAGGAGCGAGAACGUGUGAUAAAGAUCCUGAAGACAC